ACCAGCUGCUUCUCUACAGUGGAUCCUGAAGCAAAGUUCACUGUCACAGGCAGCAGAAGACUGUCAAACAGCAGGAGUUUGCCUGCCCUUCUCUGGAUUUGUCCUCUGUUUUUCUCCAUUUUUAUAGGAUCAAAUCUGCAGCCAUGGCCACAGCAAGUUAUGGAUACUACCGAGGCACUAUAUUUCUGGCCAUGUUUGUCGGCUACACACUGUACUACUUUAACAGAAAGACUUUCUCCUUUGUGAUGCCUUCUCUAAUGCAAGAAAUUAAGCUGGAUAAGGAUGACCUGGGCAUGAUCACCAGCAGUCAGUCCUUGGCCUACGCUAUCAGUAAGUUCAUCAGUGGCGUUCUUUCGGACCAGAUCAGUGCCCGCUGGCUCUUCUCCAUUGGCCUGUGCGUAGUGGGAGGUGUCAACAUAGUCUUCUCCUGGUCCUCCACUGUUGCUGUCUUCUCAGCCCUGUGGUUUCUCAAUGGUCUGGGCCAGGGCCUCGGCUGGCCUCCCUGCGGCAGGGUGCUGCGCAAGUGGUUUGAACCCUCUCAGUUCGGGACAUGGUGGGCCAUCCUCUCCUGCAGCAUGAAUCUUGCUGGCAGCUUGGGCCCCAUUAUUGCCACGGUGCUGGCCCAGAGUUACAGUUGGAGGGUAAUACUGUCGGUAUCAGGAAUGAUCUGUGUGGUGUUCUCCUUUGUCUGUCUGCUGUUCAUCAAAAAUGAGCCAAAGGACGUAGGGCUGCCCAAUAUAGAGGUAUCGGCCAAGAAGAGCAAAGGAGGAUCCUCCGGUGAUGAAAGCACCCUGUCUGAGUUCCUGCUGUCACCUUACCUGUGGCUAUUGUCUGUUUCCUACCUGGUGGUGUUCGGGGUGAAAACAGCCUGCACUGACUGGGCUCAACUGUUUCUCAUUCAGGACAAGGGCCAGUCUACGCUCAUGGGUAGCUCAUACAUGAGUGCCCUGGAGGUUGGAGGUCUGUUGGGAAGCCUCGCAGCAGGUUUCAUCUCUGACAAGGCUGUGGCCAAACAAGGCGUGAGAAUCUACGGCAAUCCUCGCCAUUUCAUCCUCAUCUGCAUGAUGGCUGGGAUGUUUGUGUCCAUGUACCUGUUCAGAGUCACAGUUACUCCUGACAGCUCAAAGGUGUGGAUACUCAGCUUGGGAGCUGCUUUUGGUUUCUCCUCUUAUGGACCAAUUGCAUUGUUUGGAGUUAUAGCCAAUGAGAGCGCCCCAUCCAACUACUGUGGGACAUCACAUGCCAUUGUCGCCCUGAUGGCCAACAUUGGCGGCUUCAUGUCUGGACUACCAUUCAGCACCAUCGCCAAGCACCAUGGCUGGGAAAUGGCCUUCUGGGUAGCAGAGAUCACCUGUGGCGUCACCACUAUCGGAUACUUCCUGCUGCGCAACAUCCGAACCAAGAUGGGUCGCGUGUCCAAGAAGGCAGACUAAAACAUCACUACACCUCAUCCUCUGCACCCAGAGGAAAACUGGAUACUUUGAGCCAUUAUAAACAUAAAUGGAUGCUCUGAGAAGUUGAGCACUAUUUCAGCCUUCAACCUAUUUUGAAAGGUGCUUUUCUAUAUACAGCAUUCACAGUCACUGUGUAUGUCAAUAAUGAAAUGUGGCAACAGAAACAACCAGUGAAAGAUUUUGUCUCCAGAGGCUACUGAUGUAUUUCAGUAAGAGCACAGCAUCUGGUUUAGAAACAUGUAUAUUAUACUAAAGCUGUAUUAAAAACAGCUUUGAAAUAUUGAAAUUACAACAGUAACAUGAUGCUCUUUUUUUGUAGAAAGGUUUGAAUAAAUGAUACUUUGUUGUUA